UCUUGGCUGGUUCGUGUGAGCUUUUGAAUUUCUCUUGCUGUUGAAUUGGUUGUCUAGAGUUUUUCUUGUUUGAUUUUUUUGCUAUGUUUGGUUGCUGAGAAAAUUGGAAGGGAAGAAUGAUUUGAUUAGUUUCUAUUUGGAGAUUGAUUCAGCUAAAGAAGGUUAGAAUUAGCUGGAUUUGUUGAUGUUGGCAUAGUAUGACUGAAAGCAAUAGCAAUGCAAGUGUGAGCUCGACUUCGAGUUUGAAUAGCAGCUUUCCGGACAUAGAGGAUGACCAAACCAUUGCAAGCAUCUUAGCAGAAGAUGAAAGUUCUCAAGUUGCUGGAACACUUGGGAAGAGACUGUCGCAUUUGGACUCCAUACCACACACUCCACGGGUGAAUGGUGAGAUACCUGAUGUCAAUGAUGCAACCUUAGACCAUGAGCGGCUGUCUGAAAGGUUGACAACAUAUGGUUUAGAAGAACUGCAAAUCGAGGGCGAUGGGAAUUGCCAGUUUCGAGCAUUAGCAGACCAAUUGUUCCGCAGUCCAGAUUACCACAAACAUGUGAGGAAGAAAAUAGUCAAGCAGCUAAAGCAUUUCAGAAAAUCAUAUGAGGGAUAUGUCCCCAUGAAGUACAGAAGCUAUUUGAAGAAGAUGAAAAAGCCAGGGGAGUGGGGGGAUCAUCUAACUCUACAGGCAGCGGCAGAUCAAUUUGGAGCCAAAAUUUGUUUGGUAACAUCUUUCCGGGACACAUGCUAUAUCGAGAUCAUGCCCAAAGACAAAAGUCCCACAAGAGAACUUUGGCUGAGCUUUUGGAGCGAAGUUCAUUACAAUUCAUUGUAUGCAAAUGGAGAUGUCCCCACCAGAGUAGCAAGAAAGAAGCAUUGGCUUUUUUAAAUGUUUGACAUGCCGGCAUGAGAUCAAGCAAUGCCAUAUCCACUCUUCGUUUGUUCUCUAUACAUGUACAUAAUUUCCAAAUAAGCGAGCAACUAUAGAGUAUUUAACUAGCAAAUAUGUAAC